AUGAGCACGAAUCUAAGUGCACCGCCUACUACUGCAGAACGGAAUAUUCCGACAAAACCCUUAGCUUCACGAGUAGAAUCCUCCGACGAGUUUGCAUCGUUGGCUUUUCUGACCAACGUGUUAAAACCAUGGACAAGCGAACCGCUUCGCAAGACCAAAGAAGUCUGCAGCCAGAUGCUUGACCUGAAGUGUUUAUUAAUGUUGUACAAAUGCAUGGAUACUUUCUGUAGCUUUGCCACUAAUGAUAGAGAAUGUAUGAAAGAGCACAUACGACAAUCUGCUUUGUUUGAAUCGUUUGUUGAAGAUCAUCUGUGUCCGUAUUGUAACAAGACGUGUUUCUCAGGCGCCGUGGUCAAGCACAUCGAGUCGGAGCACGCGAUGUGCAACUACCAAUGCAAAUUUUGCUUCUUCCGGGCCUAUGAUGCCUAUAAUAUAGUCCUGCAUCAUCGCUAUCACCACGACCAUCUAGCAACGAUGGAACUCAUACAGCUCAAAUCUAACACCUCUAGAUCAACGCCACCGAAGCUGAUGGCCGAAGAGAGUGUAUGGAUGUGUUUCUUGUGCUGCUACCGGUCCUGUAACGUGUGCAACGUUGUGGAGCACAUGGAAACGGAGCACAAAGUGAACUCCAUUGAAAUAUCCUUUACGCAUCCCCGGAAGGUGUGGGAUGAAGCGACCAUUUUUCUGGCAUUACCGUCUGGUAUGAGCCAGACCGAGAAGCGGGAAAGGAUUUUACAAAUCAUCGCAAAACAAGGUGGCACCCAACCGAUGACUGUGCCACCGCUGGGCGACAACAUCGUUGUCGGGCGGACGAAGCCCGACGUGCCACAAAACGUUAUCGAGAAGCCGAACUGUGGGGACCUUUAUUCGUGUGGGUAUUGCCAGUAUCGAGGUUGCACCAGUAAGCUUCAGUUGUCCAAGCACAUUCUGCGGUGCGAGGACAGUAACGAUCUUGUCUACCCCUGCGCGCAUUGCGGCAAGGUGCUCGACCGUUCCAGAAACUUUGAGCAAAUUUUCGAACAUCUUUUCUAUCAUGGCGAACGCCUGUACCGUUGUUCCCGCUGUUCCUUCGUGCACUACCGGCGAGCAGAAGUCGCGAAACAUCUGGAAACGGUCCAUGCUGGGACGGUGGUCGUUGUACGCGAAUCAAGCACAACGUGGUCCUGUAACAUGUGCGGGGAGCGCAGUCCGUACCGGCAGGCCAUGAUGGAUCACUUUUAUCAGACGCAUCUACUGCCGGGCGAACGUUACAUGUGUACUUUGUGUGAAAAAAGCUACUUCGACGAUAAGUUCUUCGUAAGCCAUUUUCAACAGGAGCAUCCGGGCGAGAAACUGUUGCUGAUGGAAAUGUAUAAGCCGGUAGAGACCGUUGGCGGCGGAAGCCGUUCGGAACCGGUGGCGAUCGUAAAGGACGAUGCGUCGAAGCAGCAAAGGCUGAAGAUGACGGUCGACUGCCAUGUAAAGAAUCUGGUAAGUCAGCCACGCUCACAUGGACCGCUGCCGACAACUGAAACCAGUAUCAAAGAUUUAAAAACGAAGGACCAUCCGGAAUCGGCUCCGCCAUGCGCUAAGAAAGACGCUGAGAAAUGCAACGAACGGACGGUCAACGCGAAAGGACCCCAGGUGGGCCCGUACAGCGAGCUCGCGGAGCACGUAAGGGCCAAACAUGUCAACAAACCGUUGAUGUGCAUUGACUACUGGAACUCGUUCAAGUGUGGCCUGUGUACCUAUCUCAAUGGGUCCGGCGAUGAGAGGGAGUUUUCGGAGCAUUUCACUCAGCAGCACGCCGCCUGUAAUACUGAUUUCAACCCUGACUAUCCGCUCAAUGACGAGUUUCUUAGCUGGGCUUUGGCGUUCGGUGCCCUGCCGGAUGCACCGAAGAAGGUAGACAUCGCUCGGUUCAUGUGCCACCUGUGUCAUGUGCACUCCGCCAGCGAAACAUCGCUUGGUGAGCACAUGGCACAGCAUCUGUUUUCGUUCGUGUGUCCCCACUGCCGGAUUGUGUUCCGUGAGUUGAAGGUACUUUACGAGCACGUCAUCACCGUUCACGCACGAAAUGGGCUGGUUGUGGCCCAGAAUUUCGAAUUCUCCAAAUGUUACGACCAGCUGCUCGACUUUCAGGCCGUUUUCUCGAACGGUUUAAUUAUGUCCAAGCGUCAUCUGAUGGCUACAUCCGUGUCGCCAUCGAUUGAAAAGUUGUACACGGGCAUACAGCGCGCUUAUACGCGACAGCGCAUUGCACUGGACGAGUAUAAAACUACCCUUCAACUACCGCUGUUCGGCCGUGAGCCAGAGACUUGUGAAAUGUUCUUAAAAAGACAAAUGUUUUACCCAAGACCGGUCCUCGAAUGGCUGGACGACGUACGGAACGUAACGACCGUCACAGCCUGUGGCGGCGAACUUUCGAAGAGAGUCGCCCAAAAUCGAGGCAAAGGCGAUUCCACACUGUACCAUAAGAGACGUCGGCUAUCGAACGGUAGCUCUUCGUCCAACGAAUAUGAUUCGGACUAGUUAAUAGCAAGUUGAAGCUAUUUUCCACAGUUUUGAUGCUAACAAUUCAGUUCAGGCCAUUUUUAUUUAGUAAUAAGUUUUGUGAAU